AUGAGAUCGAUAUUAAUUUUAGUUUGUUUAAUUAAUUUCAACCUAGCAUGCCGGCCUGCGGGAGAGAUAGAACAAUCUGGAGGCAAAAAAGAAGAGAAGAAGAAUAAGACACAACGACCAAAAUUCUUCUCAAAUCAAUCGUGGGGUGGUUGGAUCCCGCCGGACGACAGUUGGAAGAAAUGGGUCGAGUUAUGGGGACAAGAGAAUACAUCGAUGGGUUUCGAUAGUACUGAAGAUGGCAGAAACCCUGAGGACGGCUGGCCGACUUAUUGGAAGGGUCUGGGUAAGGGUAAUUCAGGCGUCCCACCACCUCCAUGGGCGUACAUCCCAGAGAACUAUGGCAGACCGGAGUUUUGUUACCUCCUACCAGUGGAGGGUAACUGCAAUAGGUCACAAUACAGAUGGGGUUUCAAUCCUACGAUAAACGCGUGCGACAGGUUUUUAUACAGCGGCUGUGGUGGUAAUGAGAACAACUUCAUGAAUAGAAGGGACUGUGACCAGGCGUGUGGACAACCUGCACAGACGGAUUGCGACUUUGAAGCUAUGCCUAAAUUAGUAUAA